AAAACCUACGCCCGGUGCGUAGUGCGCAUCCCCCUUAUCCACUUUACCCUUUCCUCCAUCAACGAUCACUUUCCGAAGCAGAGCCCUCUGGUCUGGUAGAGUAUAAUCUUAGGGAAAGAAAGAGCUCAACAAUGGCGUCUUUUUCAGUCGCCUCCACACUCACCUCCUCUUCUUCAUCCUCUUCUCUAUCUUCCCUCGCCAACUCUCACUCCGCAUCGUUGAUCUCUUUCGGUAGUAGCUUCAGAGCAGCUUGUCCCCAAAGAGCCACCGCUUUACCCAAUCGAAGGACCAAAAGAGGAGGCUUCUGUAUCAGAGCUCAAACCCUAGGUUUCUCGGGUUCAUUCUUCGAAGGAGGAUUUGGAGGAGAGGACGACCCGCCCAGCCCGUCCGGGUCGGUCAUUUCGGCCGUUGAGGACAAGGAGGAGCCCCAAUGCCCACCGGGUCUCCGUCAGUAUGAAACCAUGGCUGUUUUGAGGCCGGACAUGUCCGAGGACGAGCGACUCUCUCUUACCCAGAAGUACGAAGAGUUGCUUGUUGCUGGAGGUGGCAUGUAUGUAGAGGUGUUUAAUAGAGGUGUCAUUCCGCUCGCCUACAGCAUCAAGAAGAGAAACAAAGCCGGAGAAAGUAACACUUACUUAGAUGGUAUCUACCUCCUCUUCACUUAUUUCACCAAACCCGAGUCCAUGGAAGCUCUGGAGGGAACACUGACCACAGACGAUGAUGUUAUCCGAUCAUCCACUUUCAAAAUAAGGAAAAGGAAGUAUUAGUGUGUUUUGGUUCGAUUCAAUUGUGUAGCUUUCGAUGGAAGAAGACCUUAUAGGAGAGAUGCAAUUUUUAGUAAGCUCAAAUUUAUGAAUUUGAGAGACAUCUUGGAAAUGUAUUUGUUUUAAACAUAUUUAAUUUAGUGGCACUAAGAAGAUAUGGAAUCGCCAAAAGUUCAGUA